AUGGAUUCCCUAGACGAAAGUUUGAAGCUUGAAAAUGACAUGCAAAAGACCCUCAAACUCUACAACGAGGGAAAGCCGCUCUUCACCCGUGCCGUGCUCGAAGACAUCAACCAUCAUCUCGAAAAAAACAAAAAGAAGGUCAUGAUCAAAGACUACCUGGAAAAUGAGCACAUCUACGACCUUGAGGUUCCAUAUUGGUGUGCGGACACCGCGGAUACGGUCCGUAUAAAGUACAAUGGCAUUGAGGCCCUGACGACCUUGCAUCCGGAUGGAGAUAAGAUUCCAUGGGGAACGCGCACCAUGACGAUUACCUACGGAUCUCAUUACACAGCCGACAAUAUCACGGUCGAGAAGGUUAGAGCCGCGUUCGAGCAUCAGCGGGAAGCCUGGGAGCAAUCCAAAACCUGUCAGCACCUUACACGGCAGCUUGAAAACUUCACCCCGGGUCAGGUGGUUGGUAUCACAAAGAUCGUUGGGUUUGCUCUUGGUCCGGUUACACAUCUCGACUCGAAAUCUGUGUGUGGUAUUGGACCGUCGGCUACGAACGCACUCACGCAGCAUAUGGCACUUCUGAUUAUCGCAGAUAUUCUUAAAGAGCGUAAUGGUGGACGGGAUGUUAAGUGCUACACUCAAGACCCAAUCAACAAGGGCGUCGGCAACGAAUUCUUGAAGACCAUUGGCAUUACUCCGCUCGACGACCCGAAGGGAUUCCUAGAGGUGGACGACAAAACGCUGGUCGUUUCCAUCCACCCAAAUGUCUCUGUCCGCCAGGUUAUCGCCGAUCUUCAGUACCCUGCAGCAAUGUUAUGGGACACCGUUGAGGAGCCAGUGAAAAGAGAAUGGGAGCAGAAAACUAUGGACGAUGGGCAUGUCACUUGGAUUUUCCCGUACAGUACUGAUCCUGUCUCUUCGAGAGUGAUUCGAAUGGCCGAACAGUACAACCAGUUGCCAUUUGACGAUGCGGAUGACUGGUUUGGGAAGUUGACGUGGUAUGUGAGGAAGGACGCUUGA